UCAAGUGCGAAUUCAAUCCGAUUAAUAAUACUUUUGAAAAUUAGAAAGUGACAUAUGGAAGUUUUCAAAAGAAAUAUUUUUAGAAAUAAUAAAAAGAUAAGAAACCAGAAAAGACUAAAAAAAAAAAAAAGAAAGAAAUAACAAAGCGAGGGCUCCGUGAUUCCAAAGGAUUCGCUCUCCCACGCGCCUAACAAUCCGUCACAUCUCACGCGUCUCUCUCUACGUUUUAUCUUCCUCCCUCUCGUCUCCUACUAUAAAACCUCGUGUUCCCUUCUUUCCCAUUCUGCACCUCUAUCUCCCACUAAUUUCGAUACUGCCACUGAAGAAAAAAAAAAAGCUCCACCGAACAAAUAAAAUAAAUCGAUAUUCUAUGGCGGGGGAGACGCUAACUCGGACUAACUCAGCUGAGCCAACCGAUAAAAAGCGAGUCAGGGACGAGUCUGACGGCGCGAUUCUCGACUCGCCGGAGGUGAAGAGGCUGAGAGAUGAUUUAUUCGACGUUUUCGAUGACUCGGAUCCCGAACCGGUGAGUCAAGAUCUCGACUCGGUCAUGAAGAGUUUCGAGGACGAGUUAUCUUCGGCGCAGCCCCCCGGCGAGACUCAGCCGGAUCUCGGUUACCUUCUAGAGGCUUCCGACGAUGAGCUCGGCUUGCCUCCACCGGUUUCCGUCGUGAAGGAGGUGGAGACCACGGAGACGGUGGCGGAUUUGCUACGAGCGUCGUCGGAUUCGUCGGGAAUCGACGAGUUAUGGGGGUUCGAGGAUCACGCGCCGGAUUACGGCUCUUUAGAUUUCGGUUCCGGCGUCGGAGAUGGUGGAGAUUACGUCACCGUUGAGGGGCUAUUUGAUUUUUCCGGCGAAUGUUUUGAUUCCGGCGAUCUGUUCUCGUGGCGGCCGGAGUCUUUACCGGCGGAAUAAAACGAACUUUUUUCUUAGGUAGGAAAUUAAAAACGGUGCCGUUUUGUAAAGCGUUUGGGCUUCCCUGCCGUUUUUUUACCCCUACCAUGCUAUGGUAGAUGGUGGUUAAAUGGUUAAUUUCCUAUGGGUUAUUGAUUAUGAAGAUUAGGAAAGUUAAAUAUUAUGUUAGUGGGUGUAAUUUUGUAGAUUAGUAUGUGCGAAUUCGUUUGUUCUUCCCAGAUCUUUAAUUAUCUUCUCUCUUUGAAUA